AUGGACAUGGGAGGAGGAGGGCACGGCAUGGGCGGCAUGGCGAUGGCGCCGCCGCCGUCCCCGCCCGGUGCGCACGGCGGCAUGCGGAUGCGGAUGCGGUACACCCACAUGACCUUCUUCUGGGGCAAGGACUCGGAGAUCCUCUUCUCGGGGUGGCCCGGCGCGCGCGGCGGCAUGUACGCGCUGGCGCUCGUCGCCGUCUUCGCGCUCGCGUUCCUCCUCGAGUUCCUGGGCUCCCGCGGCCUGGACGUCGCGCUCCUCCCCUCGGCCGCGGCCGGGGGCGGGCGGCGCGUGGCGGCGGGGGCGGCGCGCGCGGUGGUGCACGCACUGCGCGUGGGCGUGGCGUACCUGCUCAUGCUGGCGCUCAUGUCGUUCAACGGCGGCGUGUUCCUCGCCGCCGUCGCGGGCCACGCCGCGGGGUUCCUGGCCUUCAGGGCCGGCCUGUUCGGCGACCGCCGGGCCCAGGUGGAGGACGACGGCAAGGAGCAGCUCGUGUGCUGCUAG